AGCCACCAUUGCUUAGUUAGACCUCUCGUGAACGCUAUUUCUAGCUUGGCCUCUUAAACGUGUUUGCACUAUAAUACCAGUGUGGUGCCGAUUUUAUCCUUACUUGAUUUGUUUAAUUUCGUUUGGACCGUUUUUACACGUGUUUUCAUCCGUGCUUCCUUUCGCUUUUCCUCUAUCCUGGACUCUUCUGCUCCAUCUUUUCCACAUGUUCAUCAUCGAUGGUGCUUCUUUCCGAUCGUCUUUCUCCCCAUUCUCAGCUUUUGCUUAUUCUACAACAUUGGGUGUUGUUUCUCUGCGGCUUUCCAAACUCUUUAUCAUCAAGUAUUAUUUUGAGGGACGAAUAUGAUUUGGUCAAGUUCAUCAAGCUGGUGCAACAAGCAGGUCUAUUUGUUAAUCUCCAGAUUGGCCCUUAUGUUUGCACCGAAUGGAACUUCGGGGGAUUCCCUGUUUGGCUGAAAUAUGUCCCCGGAAUCGCUUUUCGAAGGACAAUGAACCUUUCAGGAGAAGCUGCUUCAAACUCAAGGAGGUCCUAUGAUUCUUUCUCAGAAAGAUGAUUAUAAUUUAGUUGCUCCGAAGAUAAAACAUGGAUUUGUUUAUGAGAUCACACAUUUCUAUACGGGUGAAGUAAAACAUCACACAAAAUUGUCUUACUAGCCGCUCAUUUGUUGUUCAAUAGCAGAGCACAACAAUUUACAAGGAGUUAUCAAUUAGUUCAGCUACGACAGGGACAUCUUCAUGUGAAAGAUCAAGCUGCUCAACCAUCUCCCCAGCAAUUGAAAUCACAGUAUCAGACUCGAGAUAGAACUCAAACCUGAUAUACCUCACAAGCUGUGUUGACGGGAUUUCUCUCCGCUCUUAACCUGAACUCAUUAUUCUUAGAAAAACCCUGUAACUCCAGAACUGAAGAGUUAGAUGCGGGGUCUGGCAAGUUCAACAACUUGUGUAGUUGUGAAAGAUCACAGCUGGACCCCGUCAAAUUGUCAAUUGCAAGGAUUGGAUCUUUCAAGAGUUCCACCGCAGACAAUCGCAUGGAAACUGGAACUAGACACUUCUCCGUGAACUGCUUGAUUUGAGGAUUGUCUACUUUACUGAGGAAAGCAGGCUUUACACCAGAGGUAACCUUUUUAUAAAUUUGCGCCGGAUUUUUACAUUCA